AUGCGCCUUCCUUUGAUCGAAAUAUUCUCCAACCGAAAGUACCUCCUUGAUGCGACUGGGAAUUGGCGCAAGUACUCGUGGGAACGCGAAGAAAACGAACAAUUGCUUGAUUCUCUCCAAUGCAUCGGCUCUGCUUACGACAAGCUGCAGCUUGGAUUUACAAUGAUUUCGACCAAGCAGAACGAGGGCGAACGAAGCAGAGAGCUGGGCCCCAACGCUGUAAUGUACGCUGUCCACGAUGGCCAGCAGCGGUUCGUGUCUAUCAACCUUUUGCUUGCUGCAAUUCGUGACAAAUGCCGACGCGCCCACUCUGAUGGGCCCGACUCCACUGCUCAUAAUUCUUGGAACGCCAUUGCACCCGGACUUGUCGGGAGCAGGACUCGUGGAAGUCGAGUUUCGCGUAUUCAAAACGGGAGUCGCUGCCUUGAAGAGUUGUUGCUGGCACCGGAACCAGUCAACACGGACAGGCUCAACGCCCUGGUAAAGAGCUCUUCUGACACAAAAAUUGUGGCCGCGUUUGAGUUUUACAAAGACAAGGUCGAAGAAAUGAAGCCGCGCGAAAUCGAAGGUCUCUAUGCGAAGCUCGUGAACUCCACGUACCUGUUCGUGAUGAUUUUUGACGACCCAGAAAUCCCAACACAGCUUCUGUUGUCCACUACCCACGGAAAGAACUUUGAGAACGUUGACCUGUUCAAAGGCUAUGCUUGCUUCGAUCGAGUUAAGUCGGAAGAAAGGCAACUGGAGGCCAGUGAAGCAUGGGAAAAGCUUUGCGAAUGUACAAGUCGAAAGCUGGUGGAGGACGCUUGCGUACUGACAGCCGAGAUGAUGCUUGGCAAGGUUAGGCCAAGUGAUAAAGGGCGGCACCUGUCCUUCUUCAAGGACUUCUUUGUCGACUUUAUACGCGAGCAUCCUGAAGUUGACGGAUUGCAGAUUUUCGAAAGGGUGCUGCGCCCUGCAGUAGAGCACCUCCAUAAAUUUCGCGGCAAACCAAAAGCAAAACUGUCAAAGGGUGCUUAUGAGCUAGCCGUAUCGUUUCGAUUUCUGCAGGAAGCCUCCAAGUUGAGCACAAUUACCAAGGGAAUUGAAGUCCUUGUGAUGAAGGGUCUUGUGAACUAUAAGAUGCCGUCUCCGGAGCUCACUUUGUUCUUGAAGCGCGUGGAGAUCGUCGUUCUUUGGUUGCUCUUUGCAAAGCCCUCCCUCAAGGAAAGACGAGAGUGCACGAUUAAGAUCCUGAAGCUACCCUUGGAACCGAAAUCCUUUAUUAGAUCUAUGUCGAAUGAAUGGAUACCCGACGAAGGGAAGAAAGCAAUCGUUCAGGCCAUGAGCUCCGUCAACGAAGCCACCGGAAGCGCAAAGAAGGGGAACAAGGGUCGACUGCCUUUCGACGAACCCCCGUCCAUUGUAGCGUUGGUCAGUGCCAAAGGAUCCAAGGUUUCAAGUGCUCCUUGUUUCGGGAAUCUUGUGUUUGCGGAGAAGAAACUAUCUGCUGGUACUCGUAUGGGGUUGCACGCUUGUGACUACAAGCGCUUGAAGGAUUCCGUCUUUCCUUUCACCAAGUUUAUAUCCAGUGGGUACAGCGAGUGGACCGAAGAGACCAUCCAGCAGAAUCAAAACAGGCUUGUGGGAGAAGUGAAGGACCUGUGGGGACUUGGCGGCGGUGAUGGCGGGGGUAACAAGAAACGAAAGCGCCGUUCAAGUCCCUGUGUCUCCGGGAAGCAUGUGGCGGUUUAG